CUUCUUCUCUGGUGCAACAGCAAUCGUUUUCUUGUUUAAGUAUACUGCCUCCCCCUGGGUGAGCACAAAAUGGGAACGAAUUUAGAGAUAUUACACUAUUAGUGUCGUUCUAGUCAUCCUUUUAGUAAACAGUGCCGUAACGUAUUAUCUGAUUGAUAGGCAACAUCAGUAUUUUAUAUUAUAUAAAUAUUUAUUUAACGUAAAUAAUAUCGUAAAAAGGCCUAUAACUUUUAGGUGAAAUCCUGGCAGAAAUGCCCUAUCUGAUAAAGUCAUCUCUUUACUUUAACUGAGAUGCGUUUCCCAAAAGCAAAUAUGGUCGUAAGAUGGAGCUUGCGACCAUUGGCUAUAACGAUGCUUUUUGGAAACGCACCACUGAAUAGGUUAACAGUAAACCAGCAGGUUUACGAGAAUCCGAAACAUUACCCGCAAUGCGGAAGUAGGAAGUAAAUAUUAAAACAUUUACACCUUCAAGACUAUCCACGAUGACAACUCGGUCUUUGUGUAGUUCGCGUCUUUUCACUUUUGGUUUUAACGCAAUAAAUGAUUACUGAACUAUAGUGUAGUAACUUAGUGUAGUAGAUGUGCGGCGACUGAAGCGCUGAAGUGGUAACUGUCAUGCUGAAGGCUACUGUACUCUCUGGGCAGCAAAAGUUUCAACUGUAAUUCCGUCACUAAAGUUACUGUAACGGCGAUUAAAAUGUAUCCUUACUGUUAGAAACUUUUAAGGGUCUUUGUGGUCCAUAGAAGCAUAUGCACCUGCUUCAGAAACGGUUAAUGCAUUUUACUAUUUGACGGACCGACAGUAACACCUGGCAUGGAUGUUCUUCUGGCAGCAAUAGAGAUAGUGACGAACACUUCUGGACAACAGGAACACUUGAAUAAGGUGAGUGAAGAGAAUCCAGAUCCAAGCCCACCUUCUUGUGGCCACCCCAGUGUGAUUGGCAUUUGUGUGGAGUUAAAAAAAGAUGCUGAUGUUAAAGAUCAGGAAGCCUCUGACAUGUGUCCAGCCGACCAGGAUUCAUUCCAACAUGAUUCAACAACCAUGCUCACUGAUAGGGAGGAGGCUGAAGUCCCAAAACAAGAAACUGGUAAAAGAAAAAGGAGUCGCGCAAGAAAAAGCACAAAAACAGGAGUGCGCUCUAACAGAUCAAAUCACCAUUGCUUGAAAUGUGGACAAAACUUCAAAACGUCAGUUCACUUUAAAAGACAUAAAUUAGUUCAUUCAGGAGAAAGGCCUCAUGGUUGCCCUGAAUGUGGCAAGAGGUUCAUCACAUCUUCUGAACUAAAAGUGCAUCUGCGUGUUCACUCAGGAGAAAAACCCUACCACUGUUCUGAAUGUGGCAAGAACUUUGCUCAGUCAGGGUCCUUUUCUAAUCACCGCAGACUUCAUAAAGGUGAAAAACGGUAUCACUGCCCUGAGUGUAACAAGGGUUUCCAGCAACUUAUAGAUCUACGAAUUCACCAAAGGAUUCAUACAGGAGAGAAGCCGUACCUGUGCUCACAUUGCUGGAAGGCCUUUACUACAUCCGGAGCAUUACGAGUUCACUUACGAACUCACACUGGUGAAAAACCUUACGAGUGCAAAGAGUGCGGGAAGACGUUUUGCCAGCUGGGUGGACUGAAAGUUCACAGGCGUGUUCAUUCAGGAGAGAGGCCUUACGCAUGCCCUGUGUGCGAGAAGCGCUUCAAAGGACACGCCAAUUUGAUCGCACACAAGCGCAUUCACACAGGAGAAAAACCUUAUUCAUGCACUGUGUGCAGAAAAACAUUCACUGACAGCAGGAGACUAAAAGAGCACCAGCCACCUGAGUCAGAAAAGAAACCAUUUUGUUGCAGCAUCUGUAGUGAAGCUUUCGGCGCAUUAUGUCAACUUAAAGAGCACCAGCAAUGUCACAAAGGAGAGAAGCAUCAUCACUGUUCUGACUGUGGAAAGGCCUUUACGCAUUUAUAUUUAUUAAGGAGUCACCAGCGUGCUCACUCAGAUGAGAAACCCUAUUCCUGCACUGAAUGUGGAAAAUGCUUCCGCCGGUCGUUUGAGCUGAAAAUGCACGUGAACACUCACAGCGAAGUGCGACCUCAUCCUUGCUCUGAGUGUGGAAAGAGCUUCCGCAGGGCUGCAGAGCUUAGGAUACAUCAGAGAGUACAUACGGGAGAAAAGCCUUAUUUCUGCUCCAUCUGCGGCACAGGCUUCAAACAGUCGUCACAAGUCAAAGUGCACGAGCGCACUCACACGGGUGAAAGGCCAUUCCCCUGCCCGGAGUGUGGGAAGACCUUUAAAGACAAGAGAAGCCUGCAAACACACCAGAGAGUGAACCAUAAAUAAAGAAAUCAUGUGAAGUGAGUGACAUGACAUGUAGCCAAGUAUGGUGUUGGAAUUUCUGCUCUGAAAGUGUGCACACACACUGCAGUGAGUACUGAACACACACACACACAACAGUGGGCAGCCAGGGAGUGAUUGGGGAUUAUGUGCCUUGCUUGCUCAAGGGCACCUCAGUUGUGGGUAAUGAGAGUGGAAGAGAGCGCUGCUCAUUCACUCCCCCACCUACAUUUCCUGCUGGUACUGAGACUUGAACCUGCAAUCUUUGGGUUUCAAGUCAAACUCUCUAACCAUUAGGCCACAACUGCCCAUAAAACUAUACGAGAACCCAGAACCUCUGGCACAACAUAAGUUCUACCGCCAGAGCAUUAGAACUCACAUAAUUAAACAUUAGAAACCAUUAGAACUUAAGUCAUUCUAUUAAUAUAAAAAGAAACGUCCCUUUUUCAUGAUAAUUUUGUAAAAUCCAAAUAAGCAUUACAGAUAUUUAUUGAAAAGGGUUUAAACAAUAUUUUUCAUGCUUGUUCAAUGAAUCAUAAACAAUUGUUGCACAUGCACCUGUGGAACAGUCUACUAACAGGCGGUAGACAAUUAAUGUCACAGUUACAAUAUCUUAGGACACUAAAGAGACCUUUCUACUGAUUCUGAAAAACAACAGGAGAAAGAUGCCCAGGGUGCCUGAUCAUCUGGUGCCAUAGUCCUGCUGCAGGAGGCAUAAGGACUGCAGAUGUGAAAAGAGCAAUAAACUGCAAUGUCUAUGAUGAAAGACGCCUAAGAUAGUGCUACAGUGAGACAGGAAGGAGCAGUUAAAAUUGAGAGGAUGUUUCUUUUUUGCUGAGUUUAUAUUAUUUUGGAAUAUAUUAUAGAGUGUUGAAAUCGCAUUAGACACAGUGGUGAAGUUUUAACAUGCAAAUUCAAAUUACUGAUGAUUUUAUUCUUGCUCAUGUCUUAAACUGUCUACUCAAGGAUGUUUUCAGCAAGAAAUUGACUUUUCUUUAAAGAGAAAUUGCUUAUGGAUUUUCAUACAGGUGGGACUAGCUUGUACUGUAUAUGAUAGCAGUGAAGUAUGCAUUUAAUAUACAUGAAUGAUUUUUAUUUAUCUGAUAUAUCAUUUAUAUUCUUAUCAUAUUGUAGUCAUUAAAUCAUGCUGAAAAACUAUUUUGGGUACAUUAUAAAUACUUUUAUUUUUUACUUGUAUUAUAGAACAAUUGUUUGUCUUAAUCACAUACCUGUCUUAAUCACACAAAUAAAUUCUCUCUCCUUUUUAAAAGUCAUAGACAA